GGGGCCUAAAAAGCAAUCUUCCAAAUACUUAGUGAAGUGGAAAUGCUGAGACAUUCUUAAUCUCUCUCUCUUUGGGAUUCUCACUUCUUCCGGUUUCUCAAGGAAAAUCAAAAGAGUUGGCAUUGAAGAUGGUUAAAAGUAAAACAAUUGAGUUGUAUGGAUUCCCUCAUUAUGUGACUGUGCCUGAUGUUAAGAGAUUUGUAGAGCAGUAUACUGGUGAAGGAAGUGUGGUUGCUAUAAAGAUAAGAGAAGGCAAAGCCCGUAUUCGAACAGCAUUUGCAAUUAUCCAAUUCACUACUAAAGAUCAUGUUACAGAUAUGAUGGCCUUACCUAGCAGAAGUUUGUCACCAUUGCAGUACGGGAGCUCCUAUUUAAAAGUUCGGGAAAUGGAAAGAGAUAUUGUUCGAAGGCCAAGGGAAAUUUUGCACAGUUUGAAUGAUGUGAAACUGUAUUUUUGCUGUCAAAUCUCAGAGGAAAGAUUAUCUGUUUUAUGGAGAGAGGUGGAUGUUAGAGUUGAUUUUGGGAUUGGAAUGAGAAAGUGGCGAUUCACUUUGUGCCAUGACAAUAAGACAUUCAAACUUGAGCUUUCAUAUGAGAAUAUUUGGAAGAUUGAGCUGCAUCAACCACGGAGCAAAACUACAAAGUAUCUAUUGAUUCAGUUAAUUGGUGCUCCUCGGGUUUUUGAGCUUUAUUCUCCUACUUCAGAUGAUGCAUAUAACGUAUACGAAGAUCUUUCCAAGAACUAUUUUAGCGAUCCCCCUGAUGACCAAUGGAUCCGUGCAGUAGAUUUCACUCCAUGCAGUUGUAUUGGGCAGUCUUCUGCUUUAUGUCUAGAGCUUCCUAGCAACAGAGAUUUUCCGAAUUUCAGGGAAAACUUUGCUCAGUACGAGGAAAGUGCGGGUCCAUACAUGUUGGAGAGCGGAUCACCUUUUUCUUGCAAUCUGGAUGUUGUCCCCAUGGUUUCUCCUCCUCAAGGAAUUCAAAUUCCAUUUGACAUCUUGUUUAAAGUUAAUUCAUUGGUUCAGCACGGGUGUCUUUCAGGUUCUGAACUCGAUAAUGCUUUCUAUCAUCUAGUUGAUCCAACUAGAGUGAAUGUUGAGCUUAUUGAGAAUGCUUUAGAAAAGAUGUACUAUUCAAAUGAUUUCUGUUAUGAACCUGUGAGAUGGCUGAAAGAUCAGUACAAAAUGUACCAUAGUUCAAAUAAUCUGCCUCGGUCACCAACUAUAUCUUUGGAUAACGGUUUGGUAUAUGUUCGCAGGGCACAGAUAACACCUUGCAAAGUAUACUUUUGUGGUCCAGAGAUUAAUGUCUCAAAUCGUGUUCUGCGUAAAUACAAAAAACAUAUGGAUAACUUUCUACGUGUUUCGUUUGUUGAUGAGGAGUUGGAUAAACUGUAUUCAUCAGAUUUAUCUUCACGUAUUUCCGUGGGUGGAAGAACUGAUAUAUACUAUAGAAUUCUUUCCAUCCUUAGAAAUGGCAUAGUUAUUGGUGAUAAGAAGUUUGAAUUUCUAGCUUUUUCAUCAAGUCAAUUGCGUGAAAGUUCGCUAUGGAUGUUUGCUCGUACACCAACUGGAGAUACCGCUGGUUCCAUAAGGGAAUGGAUGGGAGAUUUUAGCCGGAUAAAAAAUGUAGCUAAAUAUGCUGCUAGACUUGGACAAUCUUUUGGUUCCUCUACCGAAACUACAACGGUCAGCAGCACCGAAAUUGAAAUUAUUCUUGAUGUACAUAAUAAAACCAAAUAUGUCUUCUCUGAUGGAAUUGGCAAAAUAUCUCUUGAACUUGCCAGGAGAGUGGCUCAAAAAUGUGGUUAUGAUUCUAUGCCGUCCGCCUUCCAGAUUCGGUAUGGUGGGUACAAAGGAGUUGUGGCUGUUGAUCCAACCUCAUCGGUGAAAUUGUCACUGAGGAUGAGCAUGCUCAAGUAUGAUUCAGACAACACAGAUUUGGAUGUUUUGGCAUGUAGUAAGUUUCGGCCUUGUUAUCUGAAUCGACAGUUGAUUACUCUCUUAUCCACUCUUGAUGUCGAGGACAGUGUUUUCGAGAAAAAACAAAAAGAAGCUGUUGAUCAACUGAACACAAUACUAACUGAUUCGACAAAGGCACACGAGGUUUUGGACUUGAUGUCUUCCGGGGAGGUCACUAAUAUUCUGAAGGAGAUGCUUAUUUGUGGUUACAAGCCUAAUGUUGAACCAUUUCUUUCAAUGAUGCUGCAGACAUUUAGGGCCUCGAAACUUUUGGAAUUGCGGCAAAAAACUAGGAUAUUUAUUCCAAAAGGAAGAGCAAUGAUGGGAGUUCUAGAUGAAACUAGAACCCUAGAAUAUGGUGAAGUUUUUGUUCAAUAUUCUAACAAUAGGGAAGACAGUCUUUCUCAUGUAGUUAACGGCAAGGUUGUUGUAGCAAAAAACCCGUGCUUGUACCCAGGUGAUGUUCGUGUUUUGAAGGCUGUGGAUGUGCCAGCUUUGCGCCACAUGGUGGACUGUGUUGUUUUUCCUCAAAAAGGUCACAGGCCACAUCCAAAUGAAUGUUCCGGAAGUGAUCUAGACGGGGACAUCUACUUUGUUUGUUGGGAUUCUGAAUUGAUUCCACCCAAGACAAUUGAUCCAAUGGAGUAUGAUUCUGCGAAACCUAUUGUAUUGGAUCAUGAUGUGGAGAUUGAGGAAGUGCAGAAGUAUUUUACCGAUUACAUACUCAAUGAUUGUCUUGGAAUAAUUGCCAAUGCACACACUGUCUUUGCAGACAAAGAACCUGGAAAAGCAAUGGCUGAUCCAUGUGUUGAGCUUGCAAAGCUAUUCUCAACAGCAGUUGACUUUCCAAAAACCGGUAUCCCAGCAGAAAUACCUCGUGGUCUUUUCCCCACAGAAUAUCCAGAUUUCAUGGAGAAGCCUGACAAACCUAUCUACAAAUCAAAGAAUGUAAUAGGAAAACUUUUUAGGGAAAUUCAAGGUAUUUCAACAAAGGACGGCUCUAUUACAUCUUUCACAUUGGAAGUGGCUAAAGAGUCCUAUGAUUCCGACAUGGAAUUCGAGGGCUUUAUGGAUUAUGUUGACGAUGCAUUCUAUCACAAAACCAAUUAUGACUACAAGUUGGGAAAUCUGAUGGACUACUAUGGUAUCAAAACUGAAGCAGAAAUCCUAAGUGGAAAUAUUAUGAAAAUGUCAAAAUCUUUCACGAAAAAAAGGGAUGCGGAUGCGAUUACUAUGGCCGUAAGGUCCCUAAGGAAAGAGGCAAGGAGUUGGUUCACUGACAGCGGGGCUGGUGUAGAUUCUGGGAGUGAUGAUGCAUAUGCAAAAGCUUCUGCUUGGUACUAUGUUACUUACCAUCAUAGUUACUAUGGUUUGUACAAUGAAGGUAUGCAGAGGGACCAUUUUCUAAGCUUUCCAUGGUGUGUUUACCAUUUGCUUGUCCAAAUUAAGAAGGAGAAAGCCAGGAUGAAGAUGCAUUCGAGAAUGGAACAAAGUUUCAGUCACAGGUUGCGUCUUGAUUGACAUAUCUGCUUAUAGUAUUGAACUCUGCAUUUCAUAUUUAUGGUAAGGUCAAGAUACAGUUUUAAGUAUAAUGCAAACUCAUUCAAGGUAUUAUGAAUGAGUUGUUUUUUUCUUCAAUGUUUCUUGUUUUGAUUGUAAAUAUUAUGAAGACCUGUAGUGGUAUUAUUCAUGGGUAUUUUCUAUCUA